GCGUCCCACCCCGCCCGGCUCGGCCGCUCUGCGCGGCGGCCCGCCGCCUCCUGCGGUCCCGAUGGCCGCAGAAGGCGUGGCGGGGGCGCUGGCGGCGGUCCUGGGCGGUCGGGGGCUGCGCGUGCAGAACUGGGACUCAGGGCCCUCCGGGGAGUCGCCGGCGCUCGUGCGGCUGCGAAAGAACGUCUGCUACGUGGUGCUGGCCGUGUUCCUCAACGAGCAGGAUGAGGUGCUACUGAUCCAGGAAGCCAAGAAAGAGUGUCGUGGGUCGUGGUACCUGCCUGCAGGGAGAAUGGAGGCUGGGGAGACCAUCGUGGAGGCGCUGCAACGGGAGGUGAAGGAGGAAGCCGGGCUAGACUGCGAGCCACUGACGCUGCUCUCUGUGGAGGAGCGGGGCCCCUCCUGGAUCCGCUUUGUGUUCCUUGCUCACCCUACAGGUGGAAUUCUCAAGACUUCCAGGGAGGCAGAUGCAGAGUCUUUGCAGGCUGGCUGGUUCCCGCGAACCUCUCUGCCCACUCCGCUGCGAGCGCAUGACAUUCUGCACCUGGUGGAGCUAGCUGCUCGGUACCGCCAGCGAGCCAGGCACCCUCUCAUUCUGCCCCAAGAGCUUCCCUGCGGUCUGGUUUGCCAGCGGCUCGUGGCCACCUUUACCAGUGUCCAGACAGUGUGGGUGUUGGUGGGCACAGUGGGGAUGCCUCACUUGCCCAUCACUGUCUGCGGCUUCACUUCCAUGGAGCAGCGGGGGGGCAUCAAGAUGGCCGUUCUGCGGCUGUUACAGGAGUGUCUGACCCUGCACCACUUGGCAGUGGAGACCAAGGGGUUGCUUGGACUGCAGCACCUGGGCAAAGACCAGAUGGAUGGAAUCUGUCUGAAUGUGUUGGUGACAGUGGCUUUUCGGAACCCGGGUCUCCAAAAUGAGCCUCCGAAAGUUCGGGGUGAGAACUUUUUUUGGUGGAAGGUGGUGGAGGAAGAUCUACAAAGCCAGCUCCUGCAGAGGCUUCAGGAAUCAUCUGUCAUCCCGAUCAACAGAUAGGACGGCACUGUCAGUGGGCAAGGAGCUGGGUGUCUGCACUUCCCUCCACUCUGAGGGAAGCAGGAGCGGGGUGGCAAUCUGGGAUCUUGUUGCCCUGGGAGCAGGGCAGUUCCCCUAGUUCUGAGGCCUUCCCUCUCUCCUUGCUGUGGAGCAGGUCCCUUCAUUGCACCAAAGGAACAGUGCCUUUAACCAAUCCGGGAGUCCAGAGCUCAAGGACCUAGAGGCUCUGAGAGUGCUACUACUUUAGGGGAUGUGACAGCUUUCUGAACCUAAGAUGGCAUCUGUUCGCUGUUUUCUGAGCCCGCCUCCGUAAAGGCCCACCCACAUCCACAGUCUCAGGCACUUAGAACAUGGAGGAGCUGCUGGGGGAGGUCAGUCCAAGUUGCUUGCUGAGUAAACAGGUGUUGCUUA